GUUAAAAAUUCUGUAAGAUGACCAAAAUCAAAAAUAAUUAUUAUUAAAAUCUUUGGUCAUUAGUUUGAGAUUUGACUUUGAGGAGUGGAACUAGUUUUACAACCUAUCUAUAUAUUAGUUAAGUUUACGCGCCAGUUUGACUAGUUUUCACAAGCACUCUGUUGUGGUACUGUACUGUCAUGACUACGUCGUGGGUUUUACAGUGCAAGGACUUAUCUAACACUGAUUUGGUUCAUAUCGCCAAACUUGCUGAGCAGGCUGAACGAUAUGAUGACAUGGCGGCAGCUAUGAAGCGGUAUACCGAGGCUUCGGGGAAUUUAGGGAACGAAGAACGGAAUUUACUUUCGGUGGCAUAUAAAAAUGUUGUGGGUGCUAGAAGAUCAGCAUGGAGAGUGAUACAUGGAAGUGAGAUGAAAGCGGUAAAUGAUUGUACCAAGAAACAAAUAGCAGAAGAGUACCGUAUUAAAAUGGAAAAGGAGUUGAACACUAUCUGUAAUCAAGUUUUGGCUCUACUUGAGGAUUAUCUGCUUCCAAAUGCAAGUCCCGAUGACAGCAAAGUUUUCUUUUUGAAAAUGCAAGGUGACUACUACCGGUAUCUCGCUGAGGUUGCCACUGAUGAUGCUCGAACAGAAGUGGUACAGAAAUCAUUGGAUGCCUACACGAAAGCUACUACGGCUGCCGAAAAUUUGCCUACCACUCAUCCUAUCCGUCUUGGUUUAGCUCUUAACUUCUCUGUGUUUUAUUAUGAAAUACAAAAUAAUUCUGCUAAGGCGUGCGAUUUAGCUAAAUGCGCCUUCGAUUCAGCAAUAGCGGAACUAGAUCAGCUUCAAGAUGAUUCCUACAAAGACAGCACACUAAUUAUGCAGCUUCUAAGAGACAAUUUGACGGUAAGAUUUCUAUUAAUUUUUCUAAUAUGACUAAUUAGUUGUGGGCCAGUGACCAAACAGCUGAGGGAGAUGUUGAAAAUGACGGCUAAACUCUGUUCUGUAAUAUUUAUUAUAGCCCUCAUGUCAUACAAGAUCUAUGUCAAUUUUCUGAUUGUUUACCGUUAUUUUGUACUUACUGAUGGGAGUUACGGUUCUUUGGUGUAAGUUUCUCAUGAGUUAUUAUGUAAAACCGUGUACCAUAGUUUACUGAUGACAUUUAGUGUUGCUAGUGCAAAUUCAUUCAACCGUAAGAGUCGAACGUAGAAUAAGUUUAUUUUCUGACUCAAAGCCACCUAACUCUAAGAAUGCUUAGUAGUGACGGCAGUUCUUGUAAUGCCACGAUGGAUAGCUGUGUGGUGGUAAACUGAAAUUCGAUCGAUUUCCAGGAGUCUUUGUGUGUGUUGAGGAGUAUCUUUUGCGUUUUGUGGUUAGUGACAGGUCUGGUGUCCGAGGGCUUUCAUUAGUGGCUUUGAAUGAUCCUAGGGUCGUUUCUAGUGGCACAGUUACAUUUGCUACCUGUCACUUCGAACCCAAGUUCUCUAUAUCACUUUUUUCUGUUUCUUGCUUGAUACUGAAACUGUUACUACCCCUUCUACUCUGGGAUUUUUCUCGAUAAUUUUAUCUGGCUGUGCUAACCUGAUUUGUUAACACUAAGUGUUGGAAACGUUUGUCAGAUUGUAAAUAGCUGAGUAGUUGACGUAAAUGACCUACUUGUAGCCAGCAAAACCGAAUCAACAUCUAACUUACCUGGAGCACUGAAUGAUUGAAUGAGUACAGAUUUCCCAUGAAUUAGUAAGUGAGUUUAGGACGGUCCAUCGGUCUUUAUGUAAGUUACUAAAGAACCUAGAUGACGUACAGAGUACCGACGACUACUUGCUGUUUGACCUGUUCGAAAGCUACAUGGUUUCUUGGGAGUCAUCACCAACUUUACUAUUCUAUAGUAUUGAUGGGUUACUUACAAGACUGAUCAUGAACACUUCGUCCUUCACCUGGAAUUAAGCAGUUAUUUGAAGCUAUAAAGGACAAGCUAAACACAUAAGCAGUACUAGCAGUUAUGACUGACCAGACGCCUUUAGCCGUACUAAAUGAAGAGAAUAAAAAGUUGGAAGCACUGACCGCUCCCAAACACUACACUGCAUGCAAACGGCGACUAUUGUCGUUCUACUUAGAUGUGAAACACUCAAUAGAUUUUAGGAGAAAAUAGCUUGACGGUACUUACUGCCUGCGAAUUGUUAUCGGAGGCUUCUGUAAAGAUUCAUGAUAAAUAGGGUCCGCGCGAAAUACACCAGCUUGAGUUCAUAUCAGAAUUCUUAAUAAAAGGUAUGUAAAAGGUGAUAAAAACCACAUUAGGCGCACCAAUUUUGAUAGCCCAUCUGACUCAAUAAUAUGUUAGUUCCCUACAUAUGUAUCACGGAUUAAUCUACAUAAUCUAGGACUUAUCAGGUAUUUACAACGCGGGAUUGAAAGUCAGAUGCGAAGUGUUGGGAAUAUCAUGUAGAUCACUAACAUAGAUGAUCUGAGCUGAAUAACUGGGGGCGUACUGGAGUAAGGAGGGAGUAGUGUGACGAGACGGGUAACUUCGAAGUUGCACUUAACGUGGAUUGCCGUUUCAUCGUACCACGGUACUAUGGCUGCUCUGAAGACUGUGUAACGCAAUGGACGUUAUUAGAGGAGUAUAUUAGAAAGAGUAGGUAGAGGAAUAAAGUGCGACCAUCACCGCAUUGGCCAGUCCAUUGUAUGUAAUCAACUGAUGCGUGUUGACUGUCUCUGGACUUGAGGAGGAUCGGUGAAUUUUUAGGCAUUUAGUAACACGACCGCCGGGUGAUUUGGUGAGGGUCCAGUGACAUUUCAUUUGCUGUACACGUGUGUCAAACAAAUGUAUUGCGAGACCGAGAGUAAGUAUUCAAACUGAGUUGGGAAAUUAGCAUACCAUCCGGUUCAGUGAGUAGGCUUAUGCCUUAGUGUAUAUAGUCCAAGUAGACAAACAAUGAAUAAAAUAAGGAAGUAGGUUCAGGCAAGCUGACUAAUUCCACCCAAAAUGGACGAUAUGGUCAAUUGGAUGAAUAUGGACACGAAUUUUAUAUGUAUGAAAGGUCAGACUUGCUCGUGAGGAUCAUGAGAUUAUCGGAAGGAUAGCGACGACUCGCUCGUUACGUGCUCUAUGGUUUUAUUUUCAUUCAAACAGUGAUAUAUGUUGAUAUACGCGAAUUAGUAUAACCCUAACGAAGCGAAAUCCUGUGUUCAUUCUGAUUUCUAACUGACUUGCCUGUGGGGUUUUGGAGAAGCGUUGAUGUUCUGUGUUUAUCGUAUGGAUUAACGGUCAGGCGUAAUACAUCACAUCGUUCAACUGAAAGCUGUAGUCGAGUUACCUUAGAUUCGGGAGUUAUACGGCUAGUUCCUUGGGUGAAAAUCGAUUCGACGUUAGUAACAAAAACAAAAACCCUCUCUGGGGCUUCUGCCGGUCUCAAUCCCGGAUGAGGGGGAGGGCUGUCCAUGGGAUAGCGUCCUCAUCUUGUAGAAAACUAAAACGCUAACUAGAAGAAAUAAUGCAAAUUAGUUAAGCUCUGCCCUGGGAGUUAGGAGAUCUUCAUUUAGAAGAGUUCUGACGUCCCUUCAUGAAUGCCGAAUUCCUUCGGAAGUCAGUAGGCUGAUGUCCUGACAUCCGAGGCAAUCAUUAAUUUAAGUACAUGUAGUGUUCGUACAAGGUGCGAGACCACGAAAGUCAUCCAAGUUGCUGCAGAGAUGAAAAGUUACAAAAUGAAGCUGCUUGAAAUCAGUGAAACACAUUGGACGCAGGUUGGACAAUAAAGACUAGAUUAUGGAGAGCUGCCGAUAUACUCAGGUCAUGAAAAAUAAAAUGCUCCACUUACACAAGAAGUUGCACUGAUGUUAUCCAAACAAGCGCAAAAAGCACUUACAAGAUGGGAAUGUCAUGGAUCCAGGAGCAUCAAAGCCUCCAAAACAAAGAAAGAGGGCAUUAAAUUGAACGUCGUCCAAUGCUAUGCGCCUACCAACGAUCACAAUGAAGACGUUAAAGAUCAAUUCUAGGAUAGGCAGCAGUCAAUCGUUGAGAAAUGCCCAUUCUGAUGGGAGACCUAUAUGUCAAGAACCAAGAGAGGAGCUAAUAUAGCCUCAGACCGUCACUUUCUGGUCACCAAGAUGAAGCUGAAACUGGACAACGGGGCGUACAACAUCACAAAAGUUUAGUACGGCCUUUCUUUUGGGAUAAUGACAGACUCAGCAAAUUCAAGAUAGCCCUAAGCAAUAGGUUCCAGGCCUUUCACGGGCUGCUAAAUGGAGAGAGAACUACUAUGGAGAACAACUGGGAGGUAAUCACUUCAACAUGUCAUGCGGUUCUGGGCAACAAGGAACGGGUUAUUGUUGAUACACUGGAUAAGAUUCAAGAAAUAAGGAACAAGAAGGCAGCAAUCAAUAUCAGCCGAGCAAGAGCGGAGAAAGCCAAGGUGCAAGCUGAAUAUACAGAAGCAUACGAGCAAGUGAAGAAGAGCACCAGAGCCAACAAACGCAAAUAUGUGGAAGAUUUAGCAACGGCGGCGGAAAAGGCUGCAAGAGAAGGAAAUAUGAGAAUUGUAUGACACAACAAAGGAGCUCGCUGGAAAUUAUCACAAACCAGAACGGUCAGUGAAAAUCAAGGAAGGCAAAGUAAUCACCAACAUUGAAGAACAGCGAAACAGGUGGGUAGAACACUUCAAAGAACUCUUGAAUUGACCAGCCCUACUGAACAUUGGAGCAAAAACCACGGACCUCCCAAUCAAUGUUGGCCCACCAACAUUUGAAGAAAUCAGCAUGGCCGUCAGACAAAUCAAGAGUGGCAAAGCAGCAGGACCAGACAACAUUCCAGCAAAGGCUCUGAAAGCAGACGUAGCAGUAACUACAUAGAUACUCCAUAUUCUCUUCAAUAAGAUUUGGGAUGAGGACCAAGUACCAACAGACUGGAAAGAAGGACUUCUGGUCAAAAUACCGAAGAAAGGCGAUCUCAGCAAGUGUGAUAACUACAGAGGCAUCACUCAUCUCUCAAUACCGGGAAAAGUCUUCAGCAGGGUAUUGUUAAACAGGAUGAAGGACUGCGUAGACGCCCAACUUCGUGACCAACAGACAGGAUUCCGUAAGGAUCGAUCGUGUACAGACCAAAUCGCACCUCUACGAAUCAUUGUGGAACAAUCAAUUAAAUGGGAUUCAUCACUCUGCAUCAACUUCAUUGACUACGAAAAAGCAUUUGAUAGCGUGGACAGAACAACAAUAUGGAAACUUCUUCGAUACUACGGCGUACCUCAGAAGAUAGUCAGUAUCAUACGGAAUUCGUAUGAUAUGGCCUCCAUGCGGCAUCAUUGAUGAACGCAGUGAAUCUGAUGCAGAUUUAAAGGCGCGGAUAAGCAAAGCAAGAGCAGCAUAUCUACAACUGAAGAACAUCUGGAACUCAAAACAGCUGUCAACCAACACCACGGUUAGAAUUUUCAAUACAAAUGUCAAAACAGUUCUACUGUAUGGGGUGGAAACUUGGAGAACUAUGAAAGCCGUCAUCCAGAAGAUACAGGUGUUUAUUAACAGUUGUCUACGUAAAAUACUUCAGAUCCGUUGGCCGGGCACUUUUAGCAACAACGUACUUUGGGAGAGAACAAACCAGAUCGCAGCGGAGGAAGAAGCGCUGGAAUUGGAUAGAACACACAUUAAGGAAAGCACAAAACUGCGUCAUAAGACAAGCCCUCACAUGGAAUCCUCAAGGCCAAAGGAAAAGAGGAAGAACAAAGAACACAUUACGCCGAGAAAUGGAGACAGACACGAAAAGAGUGAACAGCAAUUGGAUAGAUCUAGAAAGGAGUGCCCAGGUCAGAUUGGGUUGUAGAAUGCUGGUCAGCGGCCUAUGCUCCAUUGGGAGUAACAGGCGUAAGUAAGUAACAAAGGAAAGAUCUUUAUUGAGAUAACGAGGAUUUUUAAAUGGUAAAUAUGGAAAUGUAACUUAAAAAGCAUUAUGUAUGGCUUGCGACACUUCUCAUUGUCAAGCACAUUGAAAUGCAACCAAUGUUAAAUGCAAAACUGUUUAUAUGUAUCAUUACCAAGGUUUGAUUUGAUAGUUUCAAAUAAAUUGAGCAUUGGUAGAUUGUUAUAAAUAAGUAAUAUAUUUGUAAUAUCCCAAUGAGUAGAAAAUUAGAUUUUCUGUUUAGUUGAAAUAUUACUAUCAUUUUACUUUCAUAUACUUUAUUCCGAAAAAUAAAAUUUGGAUGUCGUAUGAAAUUUCUUUUACGUAGAGAUUUAUAUCAUUUGUAAAUAUAAGUCAUUGUCAUAAUUUUCUCUGACUCACUUGUUGAUCGGAAAACUAUCCUCAUUCCUUCAGGUGCAUGUAAUCAAUAUUGAUUCGGUCAGUGUUUAGAUAACAUAUUUUCUAUUGCUGUGAAUCCUAUAACGGGUUUGUAGGUAUUUUAGUUAUUUUCGAUGUUAGUCUGCAAUCUACGGAAACAAAUGUUUAUGACCUUUGGAGCAUACAACAAGAAAAAUAAAGUUAAUGAAUAUGUGGUGUGAGCUACUUAUAUUCAUAUAAGUAGUAUAUAACGUGCGUUAAAUAAACGUAAGGUCCGGCAGCAGAAGAUGGCGAAGAUCAAGAAAGGAAGAGCAAGAGCACAAUGGAAUUGUAAGAAAACACAUGUACAAUGGAAUGGGAGACAAUGGAUUAGUGUUUGCAACGGGAACAGUACAGUUUGAUAUGAUGGAAUGAUAUUUUGCAAAUUGACGAUUGACUUUAUGGUAUUCACAUUUUAUUGAGAUAGUCUGUAAUCUUUGUGCUAAAUACAAUCGAUUGUCCCCACCCGUGUUCUUGUUCACUACAAAUAGACUAGCUUAGGUUAUCAGCAACUUCCUCAAUACUCAGUAAAUUUGUUGUACCCGGAACUAUUUAAGUUUAACUUUCACGAAAGAUUUCAUUUCACUUGUCUGAAGUUGUCCACAACUUCCUUGUGUAACGGUAUACUGGAUGGAAGGACAUACAUUUAUCAAAGGUUAGGACCUGGAAUGAAAUGUUAGUUAAAGAUUAUAUUCAUAUUCAGUAUUCACCUACUAAACGAACUAGGAAAUGGUCAACGUGUCGGGAAUAACAUUCACAUUAUAACCGUUCACGAUAACCAACUCAUCCAAGAAAUCUAGUAAACUGUCCUUACAUGCAAUAACAUAUCACAAGGGUACUGAGCAUAAACUACCUCGCAAGCUGAAAAUAAUUUUAAAAUCUUGAAUAAAUACAAACUUUGAUUUAUGUUUUGGU